AGCUCACUUAGGUGUUACCGCUGACCCUAGCCACUGUGAGCACGCAACGUGACGAGCGUGACGAACGUCCAACACAACCUUGACUCCGAUCCCAAGCAGAGCCUGGACCAGCCAAGAGGAUCUGUGCCGAGAUCAUCGCCUUGGCUGUACACCGAAGCAACCUUACUCAUCAGCAGGCCGCGGACUCGUGGCUCUCGGGUCUUCUGGAACGUGCCCGCGCCGUCUUUGUUGAAGUUAGCAUUGGCAUUUGGCCAUGGAGACCUUCCAGCUUUCCUUCCCCCUCCCGCGAUCCCUCGAGGCCCGGGUCUAUGUCCGCUUGACCAUCCAUGCCAAAUCCAUCAUGAUCUUCCUGACCACCGCGGCGGCAGACGAGCUCGGGACACCGCCUCCGAUGGGCUCGUUCGUCUAUGCCCUCCCAGACAAGCUCAACCCGGGCCAACCGCUCUCGACUCCGCUGUAUUCGGCUGGGUCGUCAGAGGAGUUCACAACCCGGAUGGCAAGGCUGUUCGCAAAGAAGACACAGCUGCCCGUCUAUGUCGCGAACUCGAUGAGCUUUGCGAGCACCGGGCUGGGCGGCACCGUCGAGGAGGAAAUGGAGGCGUUCAGAAAGGUCGUCGAGGUGGUCAGCGGGAAGCUGCAGGACGUCCGCGGCGUCACGAACGGCGUGGCGGCCAUGUCUGUCAGCAGCUCGUGAACGAAGCCCGGGUCGACCUGAUCCGCCUAGGCUCACCCGGGGACCAUGGCGUCGAUUGCCAGUGUGGGCUCAAAGAGUGAGGCAGCACGGCGAUCAGGCUUGCUCCGGAUGAAGCUGAAUUUCCCACGCCGACAAGGGCUUGCAUCGCACAGCUGGCGGGAGAAGGAGAGCCCAGAGCCGCGCCUGUCCUACAUCCAACCGGCAGGCUCAACCCCCAGACUCCUGCCAUGGUGACACGCCAGUAUCAUGGACAAGCAGCCAACGCACUUGGCCGGGUCGUACAGACAUGACAUGUGGCCUCGAAUCUCGACCCAUGGAGGAACAAGGCAUUAGAUGGUGCGAGCACUUCUAGAUUCAAGGGAUGAGGAGGUUCUGUCACAGGACUUCCGAAGGUCUACUCUGGUUCGGAGAUUUUGGCAGGUCGUCUGGGUACACAAAUCUUCAGUCUCGAUGGGUCUUCCAACGUGCUCGCCCGAUUGUGUAUUUCAGGGAUGCGUAUGAACUGGACUUGUUGAAGCGCAAGUACGCUUCUGUGUCUGCAGCUCAUUGCAGUAAAGAGGAAUCGAGCUUGGAAGUGCUACUACAUGAAUGGUCUGGUCUCCCAAUGCGUCGAGUCUGCUUUUGACAAUCUUGCUUCAUUUUGUAGUGUUACAAACCCGGCUAAUAAGUAAAGGAACGAGUAAAUGCAUGUGUAACCUCAA